AUGGGCCAGGCCGGCUCCUCCUCUCCUUCCUCCCUCCUCACUGACCCCAGGUCUUGCCUUUCUCCAGGAAAAGUGGAAGCCCAGCAUGUGCUGGCCAGUGCGCCAACUGACAGGAACCUCUGCCAUUUCCGGGCUCUGGGCUGCAAGACCACUCAUUCCAACCAGGAGGUGCUGCAGACCUGCUCACUUGUCUUCUUUGCCACCAAGCCCCACAUCCUGCCAGCCGUCUUGGCAGAGGUGGCCCCUGUGGUCACCUCUGAGCACAUCUUGGUGUCUGUGGCUGCUGGGGUCUCUCUGAGCACCCUGGAGGAGCUGCUGCCCCCUACCGCACGGGUGCUGCGGGUCUCACCCAACCUACCCUGCGUGGUCCAUGAGGGAGCCAUGGUGAUGGCACGGGGCCGCCAUGCCGGGAGCAGCGAGGCUGAGUUCCUGCAGACUUUGCUGGAGGCCUGCGGGCAGUGUGAGGAGGUGCCUGAGGCCCAAGUGGACAUCCACACUGGCCUCAGCGGCAGCGGUGUGGCCUUCGUGUGCACCUUCUCCGAGGCCCUGGCCGAGGGUGCCAUCAAGAUGGGCAUGCCCAGCGGCCUGGCCCACCGCAUUGCUGCUCAGACCCUGCUGGGGACGGCCAAGAUGCUGCUGCAGAAGGGACAGCACCCAGCCCAGCUGCGGACAGACGUGUGCACGCCGAGUGGCACCACCAUCUACGGGCUCCACGCCCUGGAGCAGGGCGGGCUUCGGGCAGCCACCAUGAGCGCCGUGGAGGAGCCUCACUGUUGCACAGUCUCCCACUCGGGGAAACUCAAGGGGGCAGGACUUGAGGGGUCCCCUCCCACCCUGGGCAGAAGGCAGUGUGGUGAUGGCCACCAUGAGGGCGACGUGGCCUCUGAGGGCCUGAGCACUGGCAGCGCUGGCCAGGUGGGCGAGGGUGUGGCAGCCUGGCAGGCCCUCGUGGCUGUGUGA